AUGCCUCCCAAGAGAGCUGCCGCUGCGGCGAGCGAUGCCGCUCCGGCCCCCAAGAGAACUAGAACUACUACAGCAAAGAAGGUAGUCGAAGAGCCCGAGGCUGAGUCGGCCAAGAAGGCCGCCGCGCCAAAAAAGACGGCUACCACAACAAGGAAGGCUGCUGCGCCCAAGAAGACCGCCGCGGCUAAGAGUCCCCCCAAGAAGGCUGCUGCGCCCAAGAAGGCGGCCGCUCCGAAGAAAGCCGCCGCCGCUAAGAAGGCUGCUGUCCCGGCGCGCAAGAACGCCGCUGGGGAGACUGAGGAAUCGGACAAGGAGAACGAGGCCGAGGCCGCCAAAACCAAUGGCGUGAAGCGCCAGCUCGACGGCGAGCUCAGCGAGGCCGAAGAUGACGUCGCGGACGAUGCUCAGACCAACGGCGCGGGCACCAAGCGCGCGAAGAAGACCGAGGCGGCCGCUGCCCCGGUGAAGAAGAAGGUUGCUGCCAAGGCAGCUCCCAAGCGCGUCGCGCGCGCGCUCAAGGCGAUCAACGAGCCUCCUUCGCAGGUCAUGGACAUUUUUGUGUUCGGCGAGGGCACCGCUGGCGAGCUCGGCCUCGGCAGUGUUCGCGUCGACGGCAAGAGGCCCAUUGACGUCAAGCGCCCGCGUUUCAACACUAACCUCAAGGGCAUCGUGCAGGUUGCCUGCGGCGGAAUGCACGUUGCCGCCCUGACCAAAGACAACAAGAUCCUAACUUGGGGCGUCAACGACCAGGGCGCGCUCGGUCGCGACACCACCUGGGACGGCGGUCUGAGGAAUGUUGAAGACGAAGAUGAGGAUUCUGAUGACGAAGACGACACGGGCAUGAACCCCAAAGAGAGCACCCCCGCCGAGGUCGAUAUGACCGACGUUCCUGAAGAUGUCAAGUGGGUGCAACUCGUCGCCAGCGAUAGCGCGACUUUUGCCUUGACCACGACUGGCCAGGUUUACGGAUGGGGCACAUUCCGAAGCAACGAAGGCAUUCUUGGCUUCAGCAAGAGCGUCCUGGUCCAGCGCACUCCGGCCCUUGUCCCCGAGAUCUCCAAGAUCAAGCAGCUCGCCGCCGGCCUGAACCACGUGCUCGCUCUCGACGAGAAGAACAAGAUCUACGCCUGGGGCGCCGGCCAGCAAGCCCAGCUCGCCCGCCGCCUCCUCGAGCGCGAUGACAGCGCCGCGCUCUAUCCCACCGGCAUUGGCGCACUUCCCGGCCGUGCCAAGGCUGACAAGCUCGCCUGCGGCUCAUACCACUCGUUUGUCAUCGACACCAAGGGACGCGUCGUGGGCUGGGGCUUGAACAACUACGCCGAGCUCGGCGUCGAGGACGAGGCUGGCCAGGACGGCGGCUUCGUCAUGCGCCCGCAGCUGAUCACGGCUCUCGAACCGUACGAGGUGACAUGCGUCGCCGGCGGCGAGCACCACUCGCUAGCCUGCACCAAGGACGGCGAGCUCCUCACGUGGGGCCGCAUCGACGGCCACCAAGUCGGCCAGCCGUCUGGGUCCUUCUCAGAGAGCAACGUCAUCUGGGACGAGCGCAACCAGCCCCGCAUCCUGGUGGUUCCCACCAUCGUGCCGGACAUCAAGGACGUCGUCCACGUCGCUGCGGGCACCGACCACUCCUUUGCUAUUACCAAGGAAGGGAAGGUUUACUCGUGGGGUUUCUCCAGCAACUACCAGACCGGUCAGGGCACCACCGAUGACAUCAAGGAGCCCACGCUCAUUGACAACACUGCCAUCCGCGACAGGAAGAUCAUCUUUGCUGGCGCGGGCGGGCAGUACGGCAUUGUCGGCGCAUUGGCUGAGGAGAACUAA